AUGCCUAGUCAAGAACCUAUGUUGACGCGCCGCCCGUCGUCACACAACGACGAGCGAGCGACCGAAGAAGAUGCUCUGUUGACCGGACAGAGACCAAGCCGCCAGCCCUCUGCCUCUCGCUGGGCCAGAUACCGAGAGAUUGCCCUCUUCGCCUGGGGCCUCAUAGCUACCGCCGCUGUCAUCGUCCUGGCCGUUGUCUACCAGCACCAAACUUCAAAGACCACUCCCGAGAAGCAUGGCGACCGACCCACAGGAAAGAGAAACCUCGUCUUCAUGGUUAGCGACGGCAUGGGUCCAACCUCGCUGGCCCUGACCCGCGGCUUCAACCAACACGUCAAUGCCCUGCCCUGGGACCACACUCUGGGCUUGGAUAAGCUCUUGAUCGGAAACAGUCGCACGCGAAGCAGCAACAGUCUUGUCACCGACAGCGCUGCUGGAGCCACUGCCUUCAGCUGUGGCCACAAGUCCUACAACGGCGCUAUCAGCGUCACCCCCGAUCACUCUCCCUGCGGCAGUGUCAUGGAGGCUGCAAAGAGAGCUGGCUACACCACUGGACUCGUCGUCACAACCCGCAUCACCGAUGCUACACCUGCCUGCUUCGUCUCGCACGUCAGAACUCGCAUGAUGGAGGACGAGAUUGCGGAACAACUUAUCGGCAACGGCCCUCUGGGUAGAAACGUCGAUCUAGUCCUCGGUGGAGGAAGAUGCCACUUCUUGCCCAACACUACUGCUGGAGGCUGCAGAGCCGACGGCAGGGAUCUGAUUCAAAAGGCGGACGAACACGAUUGGAAUUACGUUAGUUCUCGCGAGGACUUCGAUAACCUGGGCACGUCAGUCAAGCUUCCGUUGCUUGGACUGUUCGCACCCACCGACAUUCCUUUCGAGAUCGAUCGCCGACACGUUGACAGCGAGUACCCAUCGCUCGAGGAGAUGACCAAGACCGCUCUCCGUGCUCUCAAGGAUGCUACCAAGGACAGCGAUCAAGGCUUCUUCGUCAUGAUUGAGGGCAGCAGAAUCGACCAUGCUGGUCACAACAACGAUCCUGCUGCUCAAGUCCAUGAGGUGCUUGCCUACGACAGAGCCAUGCAGGCUGUCAUCGAAUUCCUUGAAGAGGACGAUACUGAAGGUCUUAUGGUCGCGACUAGUGACCACGAGACUGGCGGCUUGGCUACUGCUAGACAACUGAACGUCAACUACCCUGAGUAUCUCUGGUAUCCUGGUGUCCUCGCCAACGCAACCCACAGUGCCGAGCACACUGCCCGUCUAUACUUCUCUCACCUCUCAACCUCCAAGUCCUCUGACGCCGACCUUGGCAAGUAUCUCACUAAGCUCAUCGACGACAACCUGGGCAUCAAGAACAUCACUCCUGAGGAGAUCGAUCACCUUAUUGCACACCCUGUAUUGAGCCCAUGGACCAUGUCGGAAAUCAUCAGCAAGCGCAGUCAGACUGGCUGGAGCACCCACGGUCACAGUGCCGUCGAUGUAAACAUUUACUCUUCCAACCGCCAUGCAUCAAAGAAGCUCCACGGCAAUCACGAGAACACAGAAGUUGGCGAGUUCUUGCGUUGGUACUUGGAUGUUGAGGACGAGGUCAAAGAAGUGACUAAGGAGUUGAAAGAAAAACUAGACAUCUCUAGUGGUGAGAGUUGGCUUGGUGCUAUUCCCUCUCAGGAGGAGUUGGCCAAGGUGGAAAGCCAUUUGAUGAGUCCUCAAAGAGGCUUUGACUAG